AAAGUCGCUCGGUUUUUAGUCAAAAUAUUUAAAACGUUUUAUCGUGAACAAUAAAUACGUACUAUUCUACAGGUUGAAGUGGGGGAAAUGCUAACUUAUAGCAUUUUUCAAAUUAUAUAUUGUUUACCCGAAAAGUGCACAAUUUUUGUGUGGAAAUCGUGGAAAUGGAUUCGCCGCAACCCAGCUCCAGUCGGAGAUGUUCCAGUCGGCUCUCACUGUCGAAAAAGUUUAGUGAGUCAGCUUCCAAAGUCGGUUGUACAAGACGUUCUUCGAGGAACAAACCACACGCUUUGGCCAAUCCCGGUGACGACGAAAUGAUGCAUGCACUAAGUCAGGACCCGUUCAAGCUGACCAAACUUACCCUGGCCGAGGAGGAUGACCUGAUUUCUCAGGCACCGGAUGCUGUUACCCUCUCUUCGCGGGAAUCAAAUCUCGAUGAAGAUCGUAAACAUCGGGUUCCCAUCUCGGUGAUAUCAGUCAGUAGUGGCAGCGAUCGGGAAGCUAGUCCAACACCGAAGAAGAUAAUCAUUUCCGAAUACUUCACUCCCACGAAAGCGUGUAGGAAUUCGUCAUCUUCCGCGAUGGAUGUCAGCACGUUGAAAAGCACGACACAAAAAUCGUCAUCCCGUAAGGAGACCUAUCCAAAGACUGACCCGAAGAAGGUCAAAAAGGUGCGAAGACAAAUUUGCAAAAAUACCAGCAUCAAAAUGCUGACCAACAAGUACUUUGAUGAGUCGCAAAAGCGGAUUACGAAAUUCUUUGCUAAGACUGAUGAAGACCUGGAUCGGGUCGGGUACCAUCGGGUGCUAAAAUCGUCUGCCAUGCCGGCUAUCAAUACGGGCGAUGAAAACAUGGAAGAAUUCCUGUCGAUUGAUAUGAACGUCGGAACGCAACCAUUGCGAGCUAGUCAGAUUCGAGGACCUGCAUUGGAUCCGAUUCCAGAUGACCCGGAGAAGAUUAUGGAACGAAUCGAGAAAGUACAAAGUGCUUGUUACGAUAAGAAAAAGGAAGACUGGAACAUGGAGAUUGAGAAUGUUCCCGUGAUGGUUGUCAUCCCUGGGAACGAAGAUGCGGUCGAUUCGGGCUACUCGAACGAUGGCCCGGCAUCAACCGAAACAAAAGCUGCUGGUCAGCAAUCAAAAACAACCGCCGUGAAGCGGAAGUCUGUGGCAUCGAAAUCGACGGCGAAGAAAGGUCGUCCGGCGAAAACUCCUGCAGCGGUGGGGAAGCGCCAAGGGCGAAAAAUCGUUUGCCCGAAGUACAAAAUUAUUGCCGGAACGACGUUUGCGGUCGAUGGAUUCCGAUAUGGCGACAUUGAAGGAGUGUCGCAUUACUUUCUGACGCAUUUUCAUGCAGAUCAUUAUAUUGGACUGAAGCGUAGCUUUGACAAACCGUUGAUCAUGUCUCCCAUUACGUCGCGGUUGGUGAAGGCAUUCAUCAACGUCGGUGAAGAAUUCUAUCAGUUGAUCGAACUGCACGACACGAUCGUGAUCGAUGAUGUUCGGAUAACGGCGCUGGAUGCUAAUCACUGUCCGGGUGCGGUGAUGUUCCUGUUUCAGCUGCCCACGGGGACCAACAUUCUUCACACGGGUGACUUCCGCGCCAGUGCCGAUAUGGAAGAAUAUCCGGAAUUUUGGAACAUCGACAUCCACUGCAUUUACCUAGACACGACAUAUCUCUCCUCCAAGUAUGCCUUCAAAUCCCAGUAUGAAAGCAUUACGCAAGCACGCGUUGCGGUGAAAACACUCCUGGAUCGAAACAUUGGAGCUCGGGUACUCAUCGUUUGCGGUAGCUAUCUGAUUGGGAAGGAAAAGGUUUGGACCGAACUUGCAGAACGAUUUAACUACAAAGUCUGGACGGAACCGAACCGGCGGAAGGCACUGGCGGCGAUCAAUGAACCUCUGCAACAGGCGCGGUUAGUAGACGAGCCUAACGAUGCCGACAUUCACGUACUUUCCAUGAACAAGCUGUUUUAUGAUCAACUAGUCACGCACGUGGAGCAAUUCCCGGAUCGGUAUGACUUGAUCAUCGCGCUUCGGCCCAGCGGUUGGGAGAAGAACAGCCGGCCUCAGUACCGAGGCCGGAUAAAUAUCAUCGGUGUUGAGUACUCGGAACAUUCCAGCUUCGACGAAUUGAAGCGAUUCGUUCGAUUCCUACGGCCACAGGAAGUUAUCAGUACCGUUCCGUAUGGCAAUUCAAACCAAAACCGAACGCCCCAGGUCCCCAUGAAUUGGUACCGAGGGGACAUCCGACCGGAGCGACGAGCCUUGCAGCUAUCGAUGACAAAUUUUGUAAAGGUCGGUUCGAAGACGCCCGGCCCCAAGAUGGACGCUGCUGAAACAUCGGCAAAAGUCCCUGUGGCAAACGGUGACAAUGAUGAUGAUUGUAUGAUAGUUACGGAUCAGGACACGGUUGAUACGGUAGCAAAUGAUCAACAUGAUAAAUUGAAAGAAGCAGACCACGAAGAUACGGUGCAUUCCGAGAAGGGCGAAGACGAUGGAGAUUCGGAUAGUGAUUGGAUGCCAUAGCCUUAGAUUACUUAUUUUGUUCUUAAAUUUGAUGUUUUUGAAUUGUUGUUUAUUAUUAAGAAUCGAAUUUUGAUACAAGAAUUUUAUAUCUACCUACCUUAUUAUGUUUAUUAAAUAAACAGGUCAACAUAUGCACAAAGGUGAUUAAGCGGUGCCGGUGGUGUAGUGGUAAGCGUGAUUACCUUCUCCUCAGCAGGCCUGGGUUCAAUCCCAGUCGGCACCGUCGGGAUUUUCUGAGGCAUAACAUCUCUGAUCAAGGGAAGUAAAGCCGUUAGUCCCCGGUUCAUGAGUUGAUGGGUCGAUAGGUAGGGUCCAGAUGUGGGAGCUGCCUCCCUGGCGUCGGUAGCAUUG